UGCGAGGGGUCCACCUCUAAGAACAUCGCAUUGGCAAGCCCCUUGGCGCGCGCGCUCAUAUCGUAGUAGGCUUGAUACGCAGCAUACACUUGAUACGCGUUGACUUAGUAGGCCGGCCGGUCGGCAAGUCGUCGUCCCUCGGAUGUGAUGAAGCUGUCUGGUGUUCGCUGUACCUAUAGGUCACGGUCAUCAUGUCGACCGUAACAAUUGAUACCCACAUUCUUUACGCGUUGUUGUCGAAAGCUAGCAACUUGGGACAGGCUGGCAAAGACCUAGGCCUUGACGUAUGUACGAUUUGGCCAAGAGUCGACGUUCCUCUUAACUUUGUAACACAACUUAAGAGAUGCGCGGACGACCUGUCCAAGAUCGCACGAGAAAAUGACGAACCUGGCUAUUUGGAGAUUCAACGGGCCACGUUCCCAUACCCACCCCAAGGUAGGGACGGCCGUCGUAGCCGAACACCGUAUCGUGUAGAUCAUGGUCGACAUGAAUCCGGACGAUAUCAACAAUUCCGGAACACGCGCUCCGAAAGUCGGGGAUAUGAGCUGGAGGACAACUUCAACGCCCCUGGCACAAAAGUCUACCAGCGCCAGCAGGUCGUAAUCGACCAUAGCGCAGAGGACGGAGAUAAAAGUGACGGUUCAAACAACGCUGCUCGUGAACAAGAAGCGGACUACGACGCGGCGACUCAUCCGCUGACUGACAUCUGCCAGCUUGAUAGACGUAAACCACGCCGGAUUUUGAGUGGAGAUUCAUUAUCUUCAACCCUAGUUAGUAACUACGUAGACCUUGAUGACACAUUUUGUCUUACUCUUGAAUAAA